AUGGAUUUUCUGAAAGACGAAGCAAAACGAGCAGUGGAGAAAGACCCAGAGAAAGAAAAGGAGAAAGAGAAUACCGAUCACAUGGAUGCAGAAUCAGAAGAGUAUACCCCAACAGAGCCACUGCCUCCAGAUGAGAGACCGGAGAGGUAUCGAAUUACAGGGAAGUCACCAGCUGGUCAUUUGUUCCAGCCACCACCAGCAAAUUCUCACCACCAUGAUAGUUCACCGCCUCAGGAUGAGUUCAUGGAAGGAAGUAGUCCCCCUUGGACUGCCAAUGCUGGGACUCAUGAGGAUGAGGCGAUGGAUAUCGAUGCAGAUUUGAAACAGAUCAUUCAACAAUGUUUGGUGGGGUGUGAGAAGAGUUGGGAUGGCAUGUUGGACAGUUUCUAUUUGACAGACAUGUCACAACCAGGGGUCCUUUAUUCUAUUCGAUAUGAUGAGAUCAAACGAGAAUCAAUAGAAGUUUGUGGGACUCGAGUGUGGCAAGCCGUGCCGACAUUGGUGCGUGACGAGUUGUCAUCAGAAUUGUUGGAUGCGAAGUUGACCCUAGCUGGGAUUCGGAGAGAAUAUGGGCAUAUGUCAGAAAAACAGAUUGGGACAUGUGCUUCAGGAAAUCAAGCUAAGCAAUUGGCAAUGGAAUGGGGGAUCAGAAUCAUCGGAACUCGAUGGGUGAUUGUGCGCAAGAUCCGGAAGACAGAAUCUGGACCAAUGGAAGAGGUGAGAUGUCGGUGUGUGGUUCAAGAUGUGAGGGAUGGCACCUCGGCAGUGAUGCAUGGAUAUUCGUCUCCCACGUCGUCGGUUGAAACAUUGAAGAUAUUGUUGGCUGUGGCGGGAUGGUUUGACUAUGCGGUAUUGACUGCCGAUGUAGCCACGGCCUACAUGUCAUCACCAUUGCCUGAUGAUGUGAAGGCUAUCAUUCGAUUGCCUGCAGGAACCAUGUAUGGUGAUGGUACUCCAGUGUAUGUGAUCUUGAAGAAUGCUAUCAACGGACUUCGACCAGCAUCACUGGGCAGUUGUGUCGCAGUGUUGACUUAUGUCGACGAUUUGUUGUUCAUAGCCAAGAAUUUGAACAUCUGCCGCAAGAUGCUCAGUGCUUUGAGAGAGAUGUUGGAAAUCAAGGAGACCGGUGCUAUCGGAAACAAAGCAGAGAAAGGUGGAGAGUUGACUUUCAUUGGCCGAAGAAUGAUGCGAUUGGAAGGAUCUUCCAAGCUAUAUGUGACAAUGGAGCAGAAUUUCAAUGAUGCUUUGAAGAGUGCUGGAAAAGGGUUAAAGCCAGCAGAUGCUAUGCCAGAUUUGAAGCAUUAUUUGGAAGCUGAUGAUCCCGCUUCACUGGAACCACUUUCGCCGGACAAGCAGACAGAGUUUCGAUCUGCACUAGGAAAGGUUUUGUGGAUGGCCACUCCCCAAGUGAAACACAGCCGCGCCUUGAAGGCAAUGCUUCGAUUUGUUCUAGGUACUCUGGAUUUUGCACAGUCCUUUCCCAUGGAUACAGCAGAAGAGUAUUUAGCCUUUCUGGAAAGACAAUGCAUUGAGACCACUUUAGUUGUUUACGCAGACGCGAGUUACGCCCCCAUGCGAAGCCUCGAUAGGAGAUCAAUCAGUGGCGCAGUCAUUGUCUUUUUAGGAUCCAUGAUCCGAGCAUUUGCAAAGACGCAACACAGCGUUACACUCAGCUCAGCAGAAGCUGAGUUGGAAGCAUUGUUGGCAGCCGUGCAGGAGGGUCGAGGCCUGUUCAAGAUCAGUGCCUUUGUGAUGGGGUUGAAUGAAGUGUUUCAUGAAGGUCAUGUAGAGUUUCAUGAUGAGUACGGAAGUAGGAUCAAAGAAAUGAUUGUCUUGACAGAUUCCUCCGCAGCCAAGGCAGUGCUUUUGCGACAGGAUGUCCAACGGAGACUUAGGCAUAGUGAAAUCAAGCUAGAGUUUCUCAAAAGCUUGGCUCGAAGGGGUUUGAUCAAGAUUCAAUGGCAACCAGGGUUGGAGAACCCAGCUGAUGCAUUGACCAAGGUGGUCACUCGUGCCUUACAAUUGCAAUACCGGGCAUUUUUGGGCCUGGUGAAUGUGCAACAGAUUCUUGCGAGUUUGUGUGCUCCACUGAUUUGUCAGGACUUGCAUGACUCGUGUCAGGAAAUGUCAUCGUCAGAUUCGGAAGCAGAGUCAGAACCUCAGUCAGAUGUAGAAAAGGGUUUCUUCAAUGCAGAGGGGAAGUUUCAAGGACCAACCUUGUCCUUGAAUUUUUCAGGAGAUUCAGAAUUUGUCGCAGACUUCCUCAGGGAUGUUCGUGUUUUCGGCUUGCAGCACGCUGAAAAGAGUGAGAUCGAGGACAUGUGGAAUUCAUGGCGGUGCGAUUAUUUGCAUCGUUAUUUGAUGAUUGAGUUUUGCUGUGCACCUGAUUCGCUUUUGGCCGACCAAUGGAUGAACCAGGGUGAGAAGUACGUUUGGUUUUUGCAGCUCUUGUUCGUUUGUGCCAGUGUCGUGAAG